AAAUAAUUGGUGACGAAAAUGUUCACUCAAAAAUUUAAUUUGAUGAGUUAAGAGUUAGCACCAAAAGAAAAAUAUUUGACAAAUAAGAUCUUCCAUUAGCUUUUGCCAUUACCAAUCUCCAUCGAAUUUUCUCUCUCCUAGUCCUACUCUCCCUCCAAUCACCGGUUCUCGCUACUCAAAGACAAAAGGUAUCGCUGCUUCGUAUUAUUGUUUCGUCACUCAAAAAAUCAAAUUAUUCAAUUCAAUCAAUAAAGUUUUGCAGAUCUUAAUCAGCAUGGAUUUCAUGAAGGUUGUCGAUCAAGCUGUUCGCGAAAUAAAGCGAGAGGUGAACUUGAAAGUGUUGAAGGUGCCUGAGAUCGAGCAAAAGGUGCUCGAUGCAACUGAUAACGAGCCUUGGGGUCCUCAUGGAAGUGCACUAGCAGAAAUAGCUCAAGCCACGAAAAAAUUUACCGAAUGCCAGAUGGUUAUGAAUGUUCUCUGGACAAGAUUGGGUGAAACUGGCAAGGAUUGGCGUUAUGUUUAUAAGGCACUGGCUGUGAUAGAGUAUCUCAUCGCCAAUGGAUCUGAACGAGCUGUUGAUGAGAUCAUAGAACAUACUUUCCAGAUCUCAUCACUCACAGGAUUUGAAUAUGUUGAACCUAAUGGGAAAGAUGUGGGGAUCAAUGUCAGGAAGAAGGCAGAAAACAUUGUAGCCCUUCUAAAUAACAAGGAUAAAAUAGAAGAAACUCGGAAAAAAGCCGCUACUACUCGCGAAAAGUAUGUGGGCCUCUCAUCUACGGGAAUGUCGUACAAAUCAAGUUCAGCUUCAUAUGGUGGUAGCAAUUUCCAGAGCAAUAACAGGUAUGGAGGCUUUAGUGGAAGAUAUGAUGAUGAUAGUUACAAAAGCAAAGAUGAUAAUCAAUUUGGAGAAGAAAAAUUUGAGAAAUUCGUUCCCAAGUCUCAUCAUGGAGCUUCUUCUGAAAGGAAAACAUCUAAUUAUAGCAGCAGGAAUCAGGACUUUCCUUCAGCAGGUUCUUCAAAACCAUCUUCAAAGAUGAACUCUGAUGAUUACACUGAUAUUUCACAUCAGAAUGCAAAUGCAACUUCAAAUGGUCAGAUAGAUGAUGAUGAUGAUUUUGACCCGCGAGGAACUGCCGCAACAAAGCCUGCUGCUGGAAGUUUGCAACAAGUGGAUUUCUUCGGAGAAAGUUUACUUGGAGACCUCUUGGAUGCACCUGCAACUGAUCCCUCACAAAGCAGUGCCAUGAGUAGCAAGUCGGCCGAUGUUGAUCUAUUUGCAGAUGCCGAUUUUGUAUCAGCUGCUCCGCAAGCGGAAGCAAGAGGAAGUUCUCAAACUCAGCCUACCAUUGAUCUAUUUGCUGCACCUGCAUCAUCCACUGCACAACCAGCAGCAUCAGCUGGAGUUUCUUCAACAAUGGACUUCUUUGCAGCUUCUGAUCCUGUUUUGCCACCUGAAACAAAAUCAGAAAGUACAGCGCCAUCAAAUGUGAACUUUGUAGAUCCAUUUGCAACUAUUCCAAUGAACAACUUCAACGGGUCUAAUCUUCUUGGAGCAUUUACCGCUCCGACUGAUCAGCCAUCUGCCGAACCAACUGACAUUCCCCUUAAGAAUAAUGCUGCCUUUGACUUAAGUGCCAAAUCCUUACCGGAAACAAAAGCACCUCUGAAAAAGGGUAAUUUCCAGGUUAAAUCUGGAAUUUGGGCUGACUCUCUGAGCCGUGGGCUGAUUGAUCUAAAUAUAUCUGCUCCCAAGAAGGUUAAUCUAGCGGAUAUUGGGAUAGUUGGUGGAUUGAGUGAUGGUUCAGAGGAGAAGCAGAAGGCACCUUCGGCAUCCUACCACAUGGGAUCAGCCAUGGGUAUGGGUACUGGAUUUGGCGGGACUGGUGUUAAUCCAACUGCAACUGGUGGAGACGAUUUUUUAUCAAGCUUUACCACCAGCAGCAGCAGCAGCAGCCAAUAUCAGUUUGGUGGCUUCCAGAAAUAAUUCAUUUUUAUAUUUUUUAGCAUUCUUUUGGUGAUCUUGAUAUUUGUCUGCUUGACGAGAGGCGUAAGUUUCAAGCCUUUUUUUUUUUUAUUUUAGCAUGGUCAUCUACAUAAUUUCUGAUGAAUGUCGUAAUUGUGAAUUGUGAUGUUCUAGCAUUUCAUCAAAAUGAGAGUUAGUAAAGCCUCUAUCAGCCUAUAGUGGAUCAAUGAGGACCUUUGUUUUUCGGGUGUAUCUGAUGUUCUGUAUGUAAUGUUGUAUGUACUUCAAAAGAGGGAAAUAAUGUCUUGAUUCUAUUA